AUGGAAGCUGUUCAUGAUUCACUCUUAUGUCCGAUCACACUAGAACUAUUUCAUAAUCCAGUUUUGGCCGAAGAUGGUCACACGUAUGAAGAGCAAGCAAUUAUAGAUUGGAUCAACAAAAAUGGUACAAGUCCAAUAACUCGACAACCAUUAAGUGUUGAACAAUUAAGACCAAAUUAUGCAAUUAAAAAAAUGAUUGAGACAUUUGAAAGAUCUGUCAAAGAAAAAAAUUAUCAAUUUAAACUGAAUGUUGAUAUUAAGAAAAAAUCUAAUCGACCGCUCUUUCAAACAUUUGGAAAAUCCAUAUACGAAGCUGAAUGGUUACCAUCAAACAUAAAUCAUCCAAAAGUAAUUUUACUCAAGAUAAAUAGUACCCGAGCAAGUAAAGAAGCAUCGUUCUAUGUUGAUCUAAGCCGUCAUCCACACAUUGUUCGCACGUACGGUCUUGUGCAAGACGGUCAACAAGAAUCUCAACAAAAUUCAUCAGUUAUGUUAUUACAAGAAUAUGCACAAGAGGACAGCCUUUUUGAUUUUCUACAAGAUCAAUCACAAACACCACCGGAAUAUUGUCUUAUAGAAAUAUUUUUACAAAUAAUUGAUGCCAUGAUAUUCUUAGCUCACAACAAUGUUGUUCAUGGUGAUUUAGCUUGUAGAAAUGUCUUGGUAUUUCGUUAUGAUGAACAACAAUCAAAAAAGAUUGUGGUGAAACUAACUGAUUUUGGUUUAAGUCGACAAAGUCAAUUGUUUUCUGUCGUCGAGGGUGCUAACGCGGCUGCAACAACACUGAACAUCGUACCUACAAGAUAUGCAGCACCGGAACUACUUGGCGAUAAUGUUACAUCCGAAGCAUACGGCGAAAAAUCUGAUAUGUAUUCCAUGGGUGUUCUUAUGUGGGAAGCCUAUUCCAAAGGAGAGCCACCGUGGAUGAAGAUUGUAAACGAUGAUGAUGUUCGUCGAUGUGUUAUGAGUGGUGAACAAUUAAAAAAGCCACAAAAUUGCAGUCAACGUUAUUGGGAAAUUAUUUCUAAUACGAUGGUUAAACAACAAAACGAACGACCAACAUUUAUUGAACUGCAAGAUCAAUUAAUGGAACAGCUUUAUCAGACAAAAAGUACAUGUGCGUCCGUAACUGUUUUCUAUUAUUUCCAAUCCAUCAUAAUUGUUUUAUUUUUAUGCUAA